GGACUCAAAGCUAUUUUAGUACAACACACGUGGAGAAAGCAGAUACAUUGUCUCGUAACAGAAAACAAACUCAAGAAUGGACCCAAUCUUAGAGUUCUAACAAUCUUAAUCUCAUGUCUCUUGAUGAUCCCCAAAGCAAAUCCAGAUCAAUGUGUGUUCCAGAGUUUAACAGCAACAACAACACGACGACCUUCGCACAGAUUUUAGUAAUCUCAUCCAUUGGCUUACUCUUAGCCCUUGCACUGCACUUCCGUCUAAGGAAGCUACGUCACUCCAAGAACAUCCCUCGUCUCAGAUCGUCUCAAAAACACAAAGGCCAUGAGAAGCUUGAGAGAUUCUCUCACUAUGUUGUGCGGCAGAUGGGAUUCAAGGACAGGAGAGAAUGUCCUCAUCUCUGCAAAUUAGCUAAUGAGUACAUAAGAAAAUCAGGCAGCUGUGAGGAAGACAUAUACAGCUUCUUCUCUGAAGAGCCUGGUGCUGAUUCUCUCUUCAUUAAGCUCGUUGAAGAGUUUGAGAGAUGUAUUCUUAGUUACUUUGCUUACCACUGGAGCCAUGCGGAUCUCAUGAUCAGUCAGAUACUCAGUGCCGAUGUAGAGCCUAAGAAGAAGCUAAAGCACAUUGUCAUGGCGGCUACAAGGGAACAGAGGUUUGAGAGGGUGACUAAAAAUCUAAAAGUGGCAAGAGUGUUUAACACAUUGGUAGAGGAAAUGAAAGCAAUGGGGAUCGCAUCUGUUGAUGACUCAGAGUGUACAGAAGUUAUGGCUCCAGUUGCACACAAGGACCGAAGCCCGGUUCUACUUCUUAUGGGAGGUGGUAUGGGUGCAGGAAAGAGCACUGUGCUUAAAGACAUUCUCAAAGAACCGUUUUGGGCAGGAGCUGAUGCUGUGGUGAUUGAAGCCGAUGCUUUUAAAGAAUCUGAUGUGAUAUACAGAGCUUUAAGCGCCAGAGGUCAUGUUGAUAUGAUCAAGACUGCUGAAUUCGUUCACCAAUCAUCAACAGACGCAGCAUCAUCGCUGCUCGUUACAGCUCUCAACGAAGGGCGAGACGUGAUAAUGGAUGGAACACUCUCUUGGGUACCAUUUGUGGUUCAGACCAUAACAAUGGCGAGGAAUGUGCAUCGCCAUCGUUACAGAAUGGGAGCUGGCUACAAGGUUGGUGAGAAUGGAGAUGUUAUAGAGAACUAUUGGGAACGCAUAGGCGAAAGGCAACAGCUUCAAGAAGAUGGAAGGGAGAGAAAGCCAUACAGGAUAGAGUUAGUUGGAGUUGUAUGUGAUGCAUAUUUAGCAGUGAUUCGAGGAAUUAGGUGAGAAUGUUCCAAGUGUUGGUCUUUAAAACAAUUGUGUGUUUUCAUAACAUAAGGUUUUGGUUUACUAUAUAUGCAGGAGAGCUAUAAUGUGUAGAAGAGCAGUUAGAGUGAGGUCUCAGCUGAGAUCUCACAAGAGGUUUGCGAAUGCGUUUCUUACCUAUUGCAACUUAGUUGACAAUGCUAGACUUUACUGCACCAAUGCUCUUGAAGGUUCUCCAAAGCUGAUAGGGUGGAAAGAGAAGGAAAAGACAUUGCUAGUGGAUCCAGAGGAGAUAGACUGUUUGAAGAAUGUAGGGAGGUUAAACGAGAAUGCAGAUUCUAUUUACGAGCUAUACAGAAAUCCAAAUCCUGCUUGUGAAGCUGGAUCAAUAUGGAAAGACAUUGUUCUUUCUCCUUCUAGGUUCAACAUUCAACAAGAGCUCAAAUACUCAAUUCAGAAAGUGGAAAGAUUCAAACAGUAUCUCCAAGAAACACCAAGAUGAGAGAUGAAGAUAGAUAAACGCAGAAGAUCUCUUAGCUUUUUUUUUCCCGGUAUGUCAUUCAUUUAUGUAACUCCUAAAACAUCAAACAAAAUUGAAUCUCUCUAGUAAAGAGAGAAUUGGCAACACCUAACCUAAGAGAUAGUUACAUUGUCAAGCUUGGUCUUAAGAGAUGUUUAAGGAAGCAAAUGUAUGACAUGAUUCAGAGGAAAACAUAUGAAUCU